CUUCCUCCCACUCUCUCCUAUUCAUUUUCUUCAACCGAUUUGGGAAGGGUUGACUCUGUGCGUGUAUAAUAUCCCAUUCCAUGAUAUGCAUGCGCAAUGUGACAUCGGAUACACAGCGCGCAGUGCCUAAUGACGUCAACAAUAGGAUGCUCGCGCAGGGCUAUGUUUACAUUUUCAGUUUCAUUUAUUCAUUCGCACACAUCAUCGGUCCUAAACAACCAGGAAAUUAAGAGCUAUAAAUCUCAGUAUAAUUCUACAGCACUGAUACAUGACAGAAAAGAUAUCGUAAGAACAUAUUUAAGGACCAGUGAAAGACUGUUUUGGAGUUUCGAAGAAAAAAAUAUGGCGAAAACAAGUGAUUCAAAAACCGUUGCAGUACAGACCAAUCCGAAUAUACCGACUGGGAAGAGUGUUCUUACCAAUGCAGAACAUUACCAUACACCGGGAUAUUGUGGGUUCUGCCCCCAGUUCAAAUUUCAAAUCGGUGAAACUUUUGGUCGGACGACGACCCGGCUACUCAAGGACCCAAGCGUACCUAAAUCACAACGGACAGUACUUGCCAAUAUCAAACCGAUUUCACCAGGUUACCCAGAUCGAAACACUCCGGCUGGGCGAGAACUGCUGUUCCAGUCUCGCAAAACAAGCUUUGGGGACCAGAAAUUUACCGAACAGAUGGUACCAGGGUACACAGGCUACAUCCCGAAAUCCCAGCAUUACUAUGGCAACCGUUACGCGGAAGAAUGCCGGGAAGCUAUCGCUACGUUUGAGCAGGACCAACAAGCCGAGAGAAAGAAGAGAAAUACCAUGAAGACUGUUCAACAGGUCCAGUCGGGAAAACUGAAACCUUCCAAACUACCAGAGGAAACGUCGGUAUGUCGCACAUGCCCUCUACGGCAACUACCAGAAGUCAAGCCUGUCCGCUUCAACUACGCCUCGGCCAAUGAGAAACAACAUUAUAUGUCACCUUACUACAUGAAAGAUGAAAAUCCACAAAAAAAGUUUAUGUCUGGGUACACGGGGUACGUGCCUAACGCACGGGAUGUAACUGGUGUGGGGUAUCCAAUCCUUACCAACCGCGCUCUCGUCAAAUUCACCAACGAUCCAAAUCACCCCAUGGUCACGGGUCCGCCCGAGGGCAAAGGUUGUACUGCGGACACAACCGGUAACGUACCGGUAGGUUGUCCGGUCCGUACCUGUCAAACCUCGGGGAAAAUGCCUCCAAUGGAGGAGAAGAUCAUCGAUGAGAUGAGGCGACUCUGCGGCCGGCAGUUGCCCGUCAUCUAUCCGAUAGAAUCCGGCUUGGUGCCGCACUACACUGGGCAUAUCCCAGGAGAAAAGUUCCGUUACGGGACUACAUUCGGUCACAGCACACGUAAUGCGAAACGGGAACCCAACAAGAAGUCUAACCGUACUACAUAAAUGUUUUCGUCCUACCUUUAUUUCCCGCCUUU